AUGACAUUGAAUAUGGUUCCGCCCAAAAACAUACUUGAAAUGUUGAAACGAAAAAGACUUGAAAAUGUCUCAAAUACCAAGAAAAUAUACAAUGUUCGUGCCAUAAACAAUAAGGUGAUAAAAGGACCUAGAACUAAAAUGCAACAUUUGUUGAAGCUUCUAGAUGAUGAUCACUAUGUUUCUAGGUACAAAGUGUGUGAGGAUGGAGUCACAGCUCGAGAUAUACUUUGGACUCAUAAUGAUUCCAUCAAGUUGUCCAACAUAUUUUCUACGGUGCUUAUAAUUUGUUCAACAUACAAGACAAAAAAGUAUAAGCUUCUACUUCUAGAAAUUGUUGGUGUCAUUUCGACAGAUAUGAGGCCACCUCAAAAUUCAUCCGGACAUGUCACGUGUAUUGGAUUGAUUUCAAAAACACAUCAGUUUAUUCAAGUUUAUUUGAAAUUGAGAUGUCCUAUACCAAAGACAUCAUUGGAGUGCACAACACAUUUCACAAAUGAAGUUGAAGUUUGGCCUGAUCACUUUCUAGAAAGGAUGGAAUGGUUCACUAAUUUGAGCGAGAUUCAAAGAGAAUCAAAUAAGAAAAAUUCAAAGGAGGCAUCACCCAUAGAAAGAGAUUUAGGCGAUGACACAUGUUUUGAUGCUUUUUAG